CUUCAAAUUUCUUAUCUCGAGCUAAUUUAUGUUUGAGCCUUUGCGACUAAUCAUUUUAUGUAUAAAAACGUCACUAAAAUAUCAAUUUCUGUUAAUAAUUGAAAACUGACAGUUGAGGUUAGAACAUUUCGUACAGUGACGUCUACUGUGUCAUAAAAUGCGGCUUUUGUGUUCCAUUUUAAGUUUAGCCAUAUUUAUACUGGUAACGAAAUCAGAGUAUACCACAGAAGACUGUUGGGCUUUGGGUUUCAAUAGAGCAAACGUACAAUGUUCCUUGUGUGAUCAACUGCCCAAAUUUCAAUUAGAUUUAAUAACAGAACAUUGCAAGGAAUGCUGCCACCAAGAUGAAACAGGCACAACAGAAAAGAAAUAUGCCAAAGCAGUGCUAGAGGUUUGCACCUGUAAAUUCGGGGCUUACCCGCAAAUUCAAGCGUUCAUUAAAAGUGACAGACCUUCACAAUUUCCAAAUUUACAAAUAAAAUAUCUGCGUGGUUUGGACCCUAUCAUCAAAUUAUACGAUAAGGAUGGCCACUUACAAGAAACUGUCGCGAUUGAGAAAUGGAACACAGAUUCUGUGGAAGAGUUUUUGAAAACGCAUCUGAUACAAGAGGAUGAUGAAGAUUAUUUAAGAACAAACAUGGUUUAAUACAUUUCAUCUAAAUAAAACACUUAAAUAUU